AUGCAGGUUCUUUCAAAAGAAGUAAUUCUAACGAGCCAAGUCUUCGGAGGAUUUUUUCUGACCUACUCUUCUGUGCCGAACGAUGGCCAAGAGUUGAGGUUUUCCGCAGGAUGGUUCACGUGGGGUCUGUUCACUACCGCGGCACAAGCUACGCUCCCGUACUAUUGGAUAUUUCACGAAUACUCGAUUGCACUGUCCACCUGGGCUUCUUAUUGGACCACCAGUACUACCGCGACUGUCACGUUUCUGGAGUAUACUUCUUCGUCGUUGACAUCAGUCGUUGUCUUCGUCAGCUACAUCAGGAAGUAUCGGUGCUUUGUCGAGUUCCACAAAAUUAUGGAGAGAGUCGAGGACACUUGGAGUGAUCUUAGGCGUCAGCCACCAGAAUCCAGAAUAGACAUGAGGAUCUUAGUGGCCUUCGUUGUCGCCGGAACGAUUGUUACGAUUGACCUAGCUUUCUGGGGACUGAGUACAAUAAACAAGCUGGAAAAUCACAUAAUCAUUUCAAUAUCUUACGUUUCUUACUUGACUACUAUAUUUCGAUCAACUAGUAUAUUCGUCCAUUUCACCCACGUCACUCAAUAUUUGUCUAAAUGUUUUAAAGACAUCAGCAUCAAGAUCGAGCAAGAACUAGCUCGAAAGUGUUUCGGACGACAAAUGGAAACUCAGUAUCUGCCACAUAUUGCGAUGCCCCAGCAAAGUUCUAACUCGCCUCAGUGUGAGAUGAGAACUCUGAUGCACAUCUACUGUUUGCUGUUUGAUGCUGUACACCAGGCGAAUGCCUUCUAUUGCGAUCAGCUGUUGGCCAUCACCUCCUAUUUGUUCUUCAGUAUCGUAUUCAACCUGUACUAUGUUUUCGUGACAUUUAAGUCAGGUGACCACGUACAAUUUCUAUACGCGUUCGUCUGGGCCUUGGCUUGUGUUUGUUAUACGGUGGUGAUCGUUCAGUCUGCCGCUGACGUCACCGAGUCUGCUGACAAGAUUGUGACGACGAUCUGCAAGACGAUCCAGAAGGAUAUAGACCCUACUCUGAGGAUACAGUUGGAUAUGUUUCUUCUUCAAGUAACUAACUACAUACCUGCAUUUUCUGUACAGCACCUCUUCAAAAUUAAAAACGAUGUCCUAACUAAGAUGGCAGGAGCAAUAACCACAUAUUUGGUAAUCCUGCUUCAGUUCCAGAGUCAGAACGAGGAGAAUUAA